AAACUUAACCGUAAUAACUAUUUUAUGUGUUUGUUUCUUUCAUUAGUAGUGAAUCUUUUCAUCUUUUUCUUUGCUAUAAACCUAAACAAUCUUGAUUUGUUCAAAAUGAAAGUGAUUGACAAGCUCAAAUUUCCAAAAGAAUCUCUCAAAAUCAUCAAUCCUACACCCCAUUAUGAGAAUUUCAAUGAAUCCCAUUUCAUAUCUCUAAUCCAUAGUUCCAGAAACAUUCUUCAGCUUCAACAAAUCCAUGGCCAAAUCAUUCGAAAAAACUUUUCAUCCAAUAGUAGAAUUGUUACUCAGUUGAUAUCUUCAGCUUCUUUACACAAAUCCAUUAACUAUGGUUUGUCAAUUUUUAGUUGUUUUCUUGAUAAAAAUGUGUUCUUGUUCAAUGUUUUGAUUAGAGGGUUAAAGGAGAACUCUUUAUUUGAGAAGUCCAUUUUGUAUUUUAGGAAAAUGGUUAAAAUGGGUGUUAGACCUGAUAAGCUUACGUAUCCGUUUGUGUUGAAAUCAGUGACGGCAUUAGGUGAUAAGCGAGUUGGUGGGGUUGUUCAUUGCGGGAUUUUGAAGAUGGGUUUGGAGUAUGAUACGUUUGUGAGGGUUUGUUUGGUUGAAAUGUAUGUUAAAGCUGAGUUGGUUGAUUUUGCAUUGCAACUGUUUGAUGAAAGUUCUGAGAGAAAUAAAGUUGAGAGUGUGAUUUUGUGGAAUGUUGUGAUUAAUGGGUGUUGUAAGAUUGGACGGGUGAGUAAGGCGUUGGCGUUGUUUGAGGAAAUGCCUGAGAGGAAUGUGGGUUCUUGGAAUACUUUGAUUAGUGGGUUGUUGAGGAAUGGGGAGGUGGAUAAAGCAAUGGAGCUUUUUGAUGAGAUGACGAAUGAAAAGAAUGUUGUUUCUUGGACUUGUAUGAUUCAUGGGUUAAUGCUUAAUGAAUUGCACCAAAAGGCUCUGGAUUUGUUUUUUAAGAUGGUGGAAGAAGGUGUGAAGCCGAAUGGUUUAACUGUUGUAUCUGCUCUUUCUGCUUGUGCGAAAACUGGGGCACUAGAGGCAGGGAAAAAGAUUCAUGAUAAUAUUGUGAACAAUGGGCUCCAUUUGAAUGCAGCAGUUGGUAAUGCUUUGCUUGAUAUGUAUGCAAAAUGCGGUUAUAUUGAGUCUGCAAGCCUGGUUUUUAGUGGAUUGAAGGAGAAGGAUAUCCGUACGUGGAGUAUUAUGAUAUGGGGUUGGGCAAUUCAUGGACAUGUAGAUAAAGCUCUUAGGUGUUUUGAACAGAUGAGAUUGACUGGAAUCAAACCUGAUGGAGUUUCUGUCCUUGCUGUUUUAACCGGAUGUUCUCAUGCUGGACGGGUGGAUCAGGGCCUUCAAAUCUUUGAUGGCAUGCAGCGUCAGUUCUCAAUUGAGCCCACUAUGAAACAUUAUGCUGCAGUAGUAGAUCUACUUGGCAGGGCUGGCCGAUUUGAUGAGGCCUUGAAAUUUAUUGCAAGUAUGCCCUUGGAGCCAGAUUACGUUAUUUGGGGUGCACUUUUUUCUGCUUGCAGAGCUCACAAGAACAUUGAAAUGGCAAAAGUUGCAUCCGAGAAGCUCCUACAGCUUGAGCCAAAGCAUGCUGGGGGCUAUGUGUUUCUGUCUAAUGUUUAUGCAGGAGCAGGGAGAUGGGAUGACGUAGAAAGAGUUAGAAGUUCAAUGAAGAACAAAAAUGUUGAAAAGGAUCCUGGAUGGAGCUCAAUGGAGGUGGCUGGUCAAUUGCAUACAUUUGUUGCUGGUGAUAGUGCUCAUACACGUAAGCAGGAAAUAUACUUGAAAUUGGAGGAAAUCAUUACUGGAGCUAAACAACAAGGUUACAUGCCUGAAACUGAGUGGGUGCUUCAUAACAUUGAUGAGGAAGAGAAGGAGGGAGCAUUGGGAAGUCAUAGUGAAAAGUUAGCACUUGCUUUUGGGCUCAUUAGUACUGGUCCUGGUGUGAUCAUUAUGAUUGUGAAGAACCUUAGAGUGUGUGGGGACUGCCAUUCUCUAAUGAAGUAUGUCAGCAGGAUGAGUCAAAGGGUGAUUGUGUUAAGAGAUAUAAAGAGAUUCCACCAUUUCAAAGAUGGAGUUUGUUCCUGUAAAGAUUACUGGUGAACUAAUAGCAGGAGUCAAGCAUCCGAUACAUAUCUUGUGUUCAGUGCCAACACUUAUCAAAGAUGGAAUCUUAAAACAGAUGGAUUAUAGAUGGAGUGUCUAUCGUGUAGUCCCCUCAGCUCACCAUGUGCUAAGACAUAAUGUUACAUCAUACUGUUAGCACAGGGUUUGACAAGACUUUUCUUGUUCUCCUCAUCGUCAGCAUGAUUGCCUACUUCUGUUUACUGGAGAGGCUUUUGGUGAGGAAAGACUACACCUUAAUUGUCAUCAUAUUCCAGAAAGAAAAUCUUAAAUAAUGCUUGUUUACAGGUUAUUUGGAAAGAAUCAUGUCCAUAUGAUUUACAAGUUUUGUCAUAAUUCUUUUGUGGAAAACAGCAUGGAAAAAUAGAUUGUUAUUGGCAUUGGGUAAUGCAUUGGCAUGUCUCUGUUGUUUGCUUUCUGUUUUUUUGUGAAUUGGCUUAUGCAAUAUCUGCUUCUUUCAUAAGAAUUAGAAUGCGGUUUUUAAGUGAGUCAUUUCAGAAAACUAUGUUGGCUAAGCUCACAAUCACAAAACAGAGAAAUUAAAAUGGAUUUUGGCAUUUACAUGGUUUAUGCUAAAUCAUCACUCAUUUUUCUUCGCUAGUAUAUCUGACUACUUUCUUGUGACUGGUACAUGGUUUCAGUUAGAGGUCAUCGCCUCAUCAGCAUAGACAAAGCUCAGUUUUUUGCGAUUGGGCUGAAGUUAAGAAUGUCACUUGUUGCUUCAACUGCUGAAGAUUCACAUAUCCAAGAGAGACAAUAGUCGUAACGGAUGUGGCAUUUGGCAUCCUCAAUGUGUGUGGCAACUUGAAUAACAGUAAGGAGUCUAGUCUUCUGUACCCUUGUCAAGCAGGAACUGUGUCACCUGUUUAGUUGGACAGGUAACAAAGCAAACCCCAUACUUGCCCGGGACAAUAGCACAGUCCGAUAAUGUGAAGAAAUGGACCUCAGCCCUAACUUAACCCCAAUAACUAGCUAAUAAAGCGAGAUUGCCCCAAACCACUGGCAAAUAACCAGGUCUCACAACGACGAGCACACUCAAGGCUGGACAACUGGAGUGUGGACAAUAUAACAUGAGGAUCCGACGUUGGAUCAACCAAGAGUUGGACAUGAGGUAGUGAUAAUCAUGUGCUUAGUGAUUUGCAAGUUUGUUACAAUUCUCUUGUUUCUUAUUUGGAAAAAUAGAUUCUUAUUGGCAUUUGGUAAAUGUAUUGUCAUGUCUGUCAUUUGCUUUAUGUUUUGUUGUGAAUUGGCUUAUGCAAUAAUAUCUACUUCUUUCAUAAAAA